CAGGGCGCAAGCGCAAACUACGCGUGGUGCCGCGAGGGGCGAAGGCGCGCGUUUCUCUGCUCUGCGACCCGGACCCGCCAGGGCGGAGGAGGCAUCAUGUCAGACAACGAGGACAAUUUCGAUGGCGAUGACUUUGACGACGUGGAGGAGGAUGAAGGACUUGAUGACUUGGAAAAUGCUGAGGAGGAAGGUCAGGAAAAUGUCGAGAUUCUCCCAUCUGGAGAGCGACCGCAGGCCAACCAGAAGCGGAUCACCACUCCUUACAUGACCAAGUAUGAGCGAGCCCGAGUGCUAGGCACCCGGGCUCUCCAGAUCGCGAUGUGCGCCCCGGUGAUGGUGGAGCUGGAGGGGGAGACAGACCCUUUGCUCAUCGCCAUGAAGGAACUCAAGGCGCGGAAGAUCCCCAUCAUCAUUCGCCGGUACCUGCCAGACGGCAGCUAUGAAGACUGGGGCGUGGAUGAGCUCAUCAUCAGCGACUGAGCCGAGCUGGCCGUCGGACUGCUGGGCACCAGACUCUGCUGGGCACCCUUUCUGUGCCCGUUUUUUACGUGUAAAUAAUAAACCUCACCCUUUCCACCCCCUC